CUGCUUUCGUACAAAGUCACAUGACAAGGUAUCAUGUGAUACAAAAUGUCGGCACCCGUAUUAGUAAACAAAGGGGCGUGGCUGAUUCUGUUUCGCCGAAGGAAAUCUUAAAACCGCAAGGAUGCCGGCGGCGACAGUGACUGUCAGAGAGUUAAAGAACAAAGAAUCAGGUUUAGAUAUCAGUAUACCCAACUAUAAAGAGAUACCAGGACUAUUGGGUGGAACAGUGGAAUAUAAUGUAGUGGUUGUGUCCAAUUUAUUUUACUUUAAAUCACCCAAACAUAAAGAAUCAGACGUAGUUCAAUUUAUGAUCAGCAAGAAAUAUGGUGAACUGGAAGAUUUCUAUAAGAGGUUGAAUGAUAAAUUUUCAGGCACUGCCUUUCCACCCUUACCAAAAAAAGCAUUCUUAAUGUCAGAAACUGUAAUUCGAGAGAGAAGGGCAUCCCUGGAACAUUUCCUGAAAUUUAUUGCUGUUGUACCUAAAAUAGUAACUUCACCACUAUUUUUAGAAUUUCUUGGUGUGAAUGCUCUAAAGGCUGGCAAAGUCAAAAGUGGAGAUGAGAAAGCUGAAAAGGAAAAAAAUGAAACAGAAACUGAAGAGACAGAACAAGAAGAUAAACCAGGAGAUGUAUUUGAUGAAGAGGAGGGGGACCAGGAACUGUUUGCUGAAGAAGAACAGGAAGAUGAAGAACUAUUUAAAGGAUCCUCUUCGCAAUCAAGAGACACAGAGCAAACACCAAUGUAUGAGGAGCCAGAUUUGGGUGGUGGUAUAGACGAAGAUGAAGGACAAGAUUUGUUUUUACCAGAAGCUGUGGUCAAAUCUGAGGUCAAGCUCACAACCUCUGCAGAAGAUACAGAAUACUCAGAACUGCUCAGAAUUGAAGAUGAUUUAGAAGAACUAUUACAACUAAAACCAAAGAAAAGCGUCGAAAAGCAGACAGAAAUUCCAGAGAAAACCAGACCGAUUCCAGUACCACGCAAACUCAAACCACAAACCCCUAGCAAACCAUCCAUACCUACAAAACCAAAACCAGAUUCAGCAAGGCCAGCACUUCCUGAUAAAAAACCAAAACCAACUCUCCCAUCCAAGCCUAAGCCUACUGCUAAGGAAGACAACUCUGCAGUGACCGACUCAAAUAUACCCAAAGACAAUGUGGAGACAGACUUAUCCAAUGAUGACAUUAUGAAAUAUAUCACAGAAAAUUCAUCUGCCGAUGCCGAUUUAGAAUUAUUUUGAUCAAUUCCAUAAGAUUACUGUUAUUACUAUGGUUUUAUCAUUUCAUUGAUCAGACUUCCUUGUGAUUGAAUAUAUAAAUUCUUGUGAUAUCACAUCGUGAAAAACCACUGAUACGUUUGAACCCAUUUUAUGUGAUACCUUCCCAGGAUCUGUUGCAAGAAACAUUGCAGAUCCCACAUUCAGAGAUGGAUGGAAGUGGCACUUCUAUGAAUCAUUCUGUGAUGGGGGCAAGCAUAGGCCUCAGAAGAGGGGGGGGGGGACAAUAGAAAGGCAAUUUUUUUUAUAUUUCUAUAAGAAUAAGUAGACAAUUCUUGGACAUACUUUUAUGUUGUGAAGUUAUGUUAAAUAAUAUUGUUUGUUAACAUAAAAUGAUUUAUAAAAAACAUAAAAAUAAUAAAAGAAUACAUAAUUUAUUAGAAUUUGAUAAUAUAUAAACAACAUUAAAUAACAAACUAUAGGGGACAACGACUGAUGAAAUUUUCCACAAGUACUCAUGGCUUCCAAAGCCAUAUUUAUAUAAAUAUAAAAACAAAUGCAAUAGCACCUACUGGUCCAAAUAAAUUUUGGAAUUACCCAUCUUGAUUUGAGCCUAAAUCAUAUGUAACCCUUGAUCAUAAAUAUUAUAGCACCAACCAAAUAGCAAAGAGGAAGUGGCAAAGAUAAUUUAAUUUACAUCAAAUUUUUAAAAAAUGUCUUAAGUUCACCAAUGUAAAUAAUCAUCUCACUACUAGGGCGAAAUUUGGCAGUCAAAUUAAUUCAAAUUCUCCUCAAAUUUUUUAAAAAAUGUCUUAAGAUCAUCAAUGGAA